UCGGUGUUGUUUCCGGUUUAUUUUUUUCUUCAUUGAAGUUCUUCUUUGCUGGAGUAGGAUAUGUAGUGUGUGGUGCGAAUUUUUAAUUCAUCGUGUAUUGUUGCAUCUUUAAACUAAUACCUUGAAACGAAAGACCAUUAGUUCCUUAUCGUCAUGAGAGCAAAGUGGAGGAAGAAGCGCAUGCGCAGGCUGAAGCGCAAGAGGAGGAAGAUGAGGGCGAGGUCCAAGUGAGCGUGCCGCCCUGCACACAUGCCUGUUUGAAGCUUUUUGUGAGUCAACAAACACUUUGAAGAUUUUUUUUGGGCUGAAAAUUUUGUAUCAUAAUAAAAUUGGAUGUUGAUUUUCAAUAAAGUUUCAUCAGGACUGUUGGGUUUUUUAAUUUUUGGAAAUUGUUUUACAGCUGUCUUUGAGAGUUAUUUAUGGCAUAUGCUGCUACACAGCGGCCCUCCCAUGGUCAGGUUACAGUGUGAAACUUCAUUUGUUCGUUGUUACCUAUGGAAAUUGGUUUGACACUGCUUAAACUUUGUCAUGUUGUUUGCCAGUUUCCUAAGAAAAAUAUGUUUUGGGGGGGGGGGGGGUGUUACCUGAUAAAAUCACACUUGGUUUGUGAUUGUGGGAUAAUUAUUCUUUUGGUCACAAGUCAACUUGGGGAAGUAUCCAAGGUUUGGUCUCAAUUGAACUCUCCUUUUCAGAAUUUUUUCUCUAGCUUCUGCUCAAAUGUAUACAACAUAAAAGGGAGGGGGGAGGGACUGAAUUGUGAGAUCUCAUUAAUGCUCGAUCUCCACACAAUUGGCUAUUUCAUUUUUCUUAUCAUUAGUGUAAAUUAAUUCCUAUAGGUUUCUGUUGUAAGGUAACAUUUUCCUAGGUAGUUGUGUACUAAUUGUAUUUAUCAAGUUCUAAAAAGUUGCACAUGUUAAUAUUAUUAAGAAUAUUUGCACAAUAUAAAUCUUAUUGGUUGAAAUAUCUGUUGAAAAUUUGGUGAAACAUAAGCUGCAAAAGGGUUAUUUUUUUUUUAAUUUUCAGGGGGGAAACCCUUACAUUACAGUAAUGACAAGAAAAUCAAUGUAAUAAAACAUUGUGCAAAACAAGGUCUUAUGUGUGUUAAGUACUGCACAUGCACCGUUCAGAUGGAUUGAAAAUUGUAGGAAAUUUAAUCCUUUUUAAAACCAUAGUGGAAAGUUUCAGAUAUUUUGAAAAAGCUUUACAAAAUGAAUUUUUGUGGUUUUUUCAUGUUGGCAUAAAUACAUAAAAAUUAAAUCUACCCACCUGCAACGAAAGCUUUAAGGUUAUAAUGAGGGUAAAAUGCACUGGAAAUGGUAUGAAGUGCAUGUGGACCAUGAAUAGAGGCCCUACUCUUAGCCUGGUCAAGUUGGACAUGCAAGGUUACAAAAGUUCGCAUAGAGCUGAAAAUUUGUCCCAAUAUCCGGAACACCAUUAUAAAUUAAAUGACAUGUGUUGGUGACUAGAAAUAGGUUGAGAUUGAACGAUAAUUUGAGGUUGGAAAAUAUUUGUUUCCAUAAUUGACAAUGUCUGUUUCUUAAAUAUUGGUUAAUGAAAGUUAUAUUUACAAUUUUUCAUUAUUUAAAAUUUUACCUGCUGUACAUGAAAAAUAUGGAAAUUAUCGCUGUGUGAAAUUUGAUAUUUAUUUCAUUCCUGCCAACUUUUACGUAUUGUCAGUAAGAUUUAUGGAUAGAGGCGUUUUGCAGAGCCUAGAUUUUUUUUUAUGGAUUUCAAAACGUUUUUAAUAAAUUUAGAAAUUUGCUGAACUGGUAAUUGAGUUUGUGACAAGGUCUGUAUGAGAGACAACAAGCAUGGACAUGGAUGCUAAAGAAGCAUCUUUGUUCUUGACAUUGCCGACCUCAUUCUGACGAAUCAAAAAUUAGCUUAUCUGUUUGGAAAACAUAAGCCACUCAGCUCUAGUUUCCAAACAUGGUGGAAUGUAGCAAGCGGUAAAUAAUUGCGUAGAAAUAUUUCUAAAAGUUUUAAUUGUUCUGUUCUUUUAUAUUUCCUAUAUACCUUACACCAUUACGAAAAUGGGCGAGUAAUUAAAUAUAUUUCACUAGUUUUGCGAUGUUUUAUAUAUUUAUUUUCUUCCAUCUGACCAUACAGACACUUGCACAAAUGGAUAGGAUACGUCAAGAAAUACAAGAACAAUAACUAGGAAGUUGCACAACAAUUUUAAUGUGCUCGAAAGCAAAGAGAAACAUGUGUUCUAUGGCCUAGUAAGGAAAUAUUUCAUUACUGCAUGUGAUUACAUGAUUAAGUUUCCUUUUAAGAUUGAAGUUUUAAAACAAGUGGCACGAUCGAAGGGAAUUAAAUAUGCAUAAUUUUCCUGUUUCUUUGUGAAAUUGUACCCCAUUAUCUUGCCUGUGAAAAAAAAGAAAAUAUUGUUUUGGCAAUAGAUGAACUCCAUUAACAAUUUACAAAUGUGCAGAAUGAUGAGAUUUCGGCUGUUGUGGAUACAGAUGUGUCAAUUGAUGUGAAAUAGGGCAGAAUUAUUACAUACAAGGAGUUAAAGGGGUUUGUAAAUAUGACAAUAUCAAGGGUAAUGCUUUCCAUUUUAAUUGUAACACCCAGUAAUGCUGAAUAUGAACAUAUCUUUAGCUUGGUAAUAAAAACAAUUUAGGUCAUCUAUGUCAAGAGCACUACUCCAGUCAAUCUCUGUUCUCAAAUGUAAGUGGUCUGGACCAUGUUAUCAACAAAACUUAAGCAGUGUUUUCCUGCAAGCAGCAAAGGAGGCCACUUCAUUUCAAAUGAAGCAGAACACUGCAAUUUUUUUUCCCACAAAGAAUUCAUGAAUCAUUCAUUCAUCAGUCCAAUAUCUUCGGUUUAUUGUUCUCAGUGUAGUUUUUUGUGUAGUCAACAUUGUGCUAUUCUUUUUAAAAUAUUAUUACAGCAGCACUAUAAAAUAUAUUUUUUUAGAGUAGUUUUACAUAAGGUUGUGGGAAAGUCAAAAAAUUGGUAUUGGUUACGCCAAAUUUUAUAAAUUCUAAACUUUUACUGAUGGGAGUUUCAAAAAGUUGCCAGGUAUGUUAUUUGUUUUGUGAUAAGUGUAUAUAUACUAUUACAUAGUUUUAGUAUAACGUAAUUUGUUUUUCACACUAAAUAUUGCAAAAAUGUGUCAUGUUUUGAUGGGAUCAGUACUAGAAUUGCAGGCUAACACAGACUGCACAUUUAUUCGUAAAAAAAAUCUAUUGCAGGAUCAAAAUUAGUCCAGUUAUAUGUCAAUUUCACUCAAUUACGAUUGAUCGGUGAAAAUAAAGGUUAUCACUUGCUAUCUUGCCAGCCUAGCCAAAAUUCCUGCCAUGCAGAAAGUUUUGUUGAAAACAUACAACUAUAUAAACCACUUAAGUAUAAGUAAUGAGAGAAAAGUUACUGAAUUUUGAUAAAUAUGUAGAUUGUUUCCAAGAAGCCUCUAUUCCAAACAAUUAUAAAAAUUAUCCCUGAAAGUUAAGAAAUUGACUUGGAUGUGUAAAUAGUGCUUGCCCUGGAUUUGUGUUGACUGAUCCAAGUGCUGGACGCUUCAAAUUCGAAUAUGGCGCCAUUUUGCUGCCAUUAGCUCAAGCGAUCCUGGUGGCCACCGGGAGAAACUCAGUGGUUCAUCUGGUACCGGCGUCAUCGGACGUCCGGCUAUCGUUUUUGACUUUCACAACAGUUUCAGAACGAAACAUUUGGUCCUCCGGGCCGGAUCAAUCCGCUAACCGCGAUUACUGAACUAUCGGGCUCAGUUCUAGUUACGUGGAGAGAUUCGGAGUGUUUGCGUUGUUCGUUGUACCGAGUCUCCUUUGUCCGUCGUUGCGCUGCCAUAAAAACGUGAACGGGUUAUCUUAAUGUGCUAUUAGCUUCCUUGUAAGGGAAGAUAACAACUGAGUGCGUAAGGGAAGAUAAGAACUGAGUGCGUAAGGGAAGAUAAGAGCUGCCUUUAUCUCACUGACGGUGCUGGUGCUGACGAAGUCCUUUGUGUCGUGCCGCACUAUUAGUUCUUAUCAUCUUUCCACGGUAACCAGAUACUGAUAAUGACCGGUCUGCUAUAAGAUUGCGUGUUUUCUAAGACUGGCGGUGAAAUAUGACUUUGAAUUAUUAAGUAGACCGUUAACAUAGAUUGCCAAGUCUUUGAUCGGCAUUACUACACAUAUCGAUACAAAAUCGAUUUACAGGACAUGGAAAAUCGAUUAUUUAAACACCACUCGGUUCAGAAUCGAUUUUAUGAACAACUCUGUUCAGAAAUCGAUUUUUAGCUGGAAAAAUCGAUUACAUUUAACUUUUAUAUCUUGUGCUCCUAUUUUUGACUGAGUGUAUUUCAGUAGAAUAAACACAACCAUGACUGACAGUGUUUCAGCUCUGGAGCGUGCCGAAAACCGAUUACAGCGUGCCGCGGAUCUGGCCAAAAGGGUUACUACAGACACUUCCAAGCAGUCAUUAUUCUUUGCAACCUGUCGGGACUUAUCUCAGCUUCGUAAUGGGUUUGAAGAUGACCAUUUGGCUUAUGAAUUGGCAUGCAAGGAGCAAGUUGAUUUUGAUGACACAAGGCAUACAAGUAGGUUAAAUCACUUUGACGAUCUUUAUUAUGAAGUUAAUGCAAUCUGGGACACAUUAGUGCAGGAUUCUAAGAACCGGAACAAAGAAACACGUAAUCAAUGUGCAACUGGGUCGUCACCCCGUCUGCCAGCUAUUGAUUUACCCCACUUUCAGGGUAAUCCAACAGAUUGGCUCAGCUUCUCAAAUCUGUUUGAGGCUCUCGUUGUAGACAACCGAAGUCUCACCAAUGUAGAGAGACUAUCUUACCUAAAGUCAUCUUUGUCUGGUGACGCGUUGGCAGUAAUUCAAGCAUUACCCUUGACUGAUUCGAACUAUAGUAUUGCUUGGGAACUACUGUCUAAGAGGUACAGUAACAAGCGCUUGAUUGUUUCAUUGCACAUUGAAGCAAUUAUGCAAAUACCAUCUGUGUCAUUAGAGGCCCCAGCAUCAGUGAAUAAGAUGAUGUCUCUUCUGGCAGAGCACAUUGCAGCAUUGCGAGUGCUGGAUGUCAAUGUUGAAAAAUGUGACCCGCUGUUGCUGCAUAUCAUUGAAGCUAAGCUGGAUAAGGUUUUGCGUAACCAGUGGGAGCUGUUUAUUAAUGACAAGGGAGCAGAGUUACCCAAGCUUACAGAGUUUUUGUUAUUUUUAGAGGGUUACCGCCGUGCAGCUGAGUCACAGUUAGUGACGUCUGGGAAAACCUUUAAGAGCAAGUCGUCUAUUUAUUCUAAGCCAGCUUCUAGAUAUGUGCAACAUCAGUCAUUCGCAGGAAACACUGUUUCCAAGUCAGUGAAGUGUUUCAUAUGCAGUGGACCUCACGAAAUCUACCAGUGCCCCAAGUUCCUUGAGUCAUCCCCAAAGGAAAGGUAUCAGAUGGUGAGGUCAGGAAACCUCUGUUUGAACUGCUUGCGAACCUCUCAUCAUGCAAGCGCAUGCCUUUCGUCUUCUCAUUGUCGGUCUUGUGACUCUCGACAUCACACACUACUUCAUUUUAGUGACAUGCGACCACAGUCACCAGACCACGAUAGUGUGAAUGCGUUGUGUGCUUCAUCUCCUGGACAAUAUUUGGCUGCAUCCGAACUGCAUAAUCAAGACAGUCCAUCUACGAUUUUGCUGUCCACUGCACUCAUAGAAAUUCCAGUCAGCUCUGGCAGGACUCACACAGUUCGAGCACUCUUGGACUCUGCCAGCCAAUCCAGCUUCAUGACAGAAGGUUGUGUGAAGAGGCUAGGCUUAAUACGUCGAAAGGCAGCUCUGCCAGUCUACGGUGUUUCCCAGGUACCAGUGCAUGUCGCUAGGGGAGUAAUUGACUGUUUAGUGAAACCAGUUGGUCAGGAGGGUCCGCGAUUGUCACUCACUGCCUUCAUUUUACCUAAGAUCACCGGCACACUGCCUACAACACAACUGAACCCUCAUGCAUGGGAUCAUCUUUCCCAUUUGCAACUAGCUGACCCUCACUAUGCACAGCCUGGGCCUAUUGACGUGCUAAUUGGGGCAGAUCUGUUUCCCUAUGUGCUGAGCGGGCGCACACUAAGUCUCAGUACCCAGGUCCCUGUAGCGAUUGACACUGUCUUUGGAUGGGUAGUGAUGGGGAGAGUACCCACAUCUGCAGUGUCGCUCAAUUGUGUAUCACUUCAUUCUAUUACACCAACACUUGACGACACAGUUCGGCAGUUUUGGGAGGUGGAAGAGGUUAUUGUACCCCCAAAGCCUUCCUCUGAGGACAUUCGAUGUGAACAGAUCUUUCUCGAGACUUGCAGAAGAGAUGAGAAUGGUAGAUAUAGUGUGGCCUUACCUUUCAAGGAGCCUUCACCUAAUUUUGAGGAAUCACGUGUUCAAGCACUCAAGCGUUUUCACUACCUUGAACGCAAGAUGAACAAAAACCCUCAUUUUAAGGCAUCCUAUGUAGAAUUUAUGUCAGAUUACGUUGACCAGGGUCAUAUGUCAAUGGUUCAAGAACCCCAGUUGACUACACCGUCAUUUUAUAUUCCUCAUCACGGAGUUUUGAAACCAGACAGUAGUACAACAAAGUUACGUGUGGUCUUUGAUGCAUCGGCCAAGGACAGCAAAGGAACUUCUCUGAAUGAUCAAUUACUUACGGGACCCAAACUGCAGAGAGACAUAGCUGACGUUCUUCUCUCAUUUCGAGAUCAUGCAGUUGCAUUUACUGCUGACAUACGACAGAUGUACCGUCAGAUUCUAGUUCAAGAGGAAUUCCGCGACUCAACGAAUUCUGUGGCGACCGUCUGAUGAUGAUCCAGUUUGUGAUUACAGGCUCAACACUGUGACCUAUGGCGUGUCAUCUGCACCCUACCUUGCUAUCCGCACACUCCAUCAACUGGCUGCAGAUGAGAAAGAUAGAUUCCCUCGGGCAUCAUCAGUCCUCCUAAAGGACACGUAUGUUGAUGAUGUUGUAACUGGAGCACCCACUGCACGUGAGGCUAUCUCAUUGCAAAGAGAGUUAAUUGACCUCCUCAAGGCUGGCGGUUUUCAGUUGCGAAAAUUUGCCAGUAAUGAUUUAUCUCUGCUCUCUUGGCUUUCCGAAGACUUGGUGCAGGGCAGCAAGGCUCUCCCCUUGGACAACACUUGUGGACUUUCCACCAUCAAAAUAUUGGGUCUGCAGUGGCAAUCUGAAGUGGAUGCAUUCGCUUACAAUGUUCAACCUACUUCCUCGACAGCUACGAAGCGGAGCAUACUGUCCGACUUGGCGCGAAUAUUUGACCCUCUAGGUUGGCUGUCACCUGUGGUCCUGCUUGCAAAAUGCCUCAUUCAGCACUUGUGGAUUCGAUGCAUAGAUUGGGAUGACCCUCCUCCUGCCGACAUCCUUGCAACGUGGCAGCGGUUCCAGCGAGAGCUUCCUAUUCUGGCUAGCAUCACUAUUUCAAGAUUUGUCCCAGUGACCCAAAGAGAACUCUUACUAGAGAUCCAUGGAUUCUCUGAUAGUUCGGAGCAAGGUUAUGCGGCAGUUGUUUAUCUCAGAGCCACUUCACCUGAUGGCUCAGUAUCUGUAUACCUUCUGGUUGGAAGGUCAAAGGUAGCCCCAAUUAAAAGAGUGUCAUUGCCUCGCCUGGAACUCUGUGGUGCUUUGCUGCUUGCUCGCACAAUGCAUAGAAUCUUGCAAAAUUAUGGACCUCAUGUGAACCUAGACCAAAUAUUUGCCUGGACAGACUCUACAGUUGUCCUCCACUGGAUCCGUGGAUCACCCCAUAAAUGGAAAACUUUUGUUGCAAAUCGUGUCGGCCAAAUCCAUGACCUUGUCCCAGCAAAGCACUGGAAUCAUGUGUUGUCAGACAGCAACCCGGCUGAUUGUGCCUCUAGGGGCUUGUUUCCAAGUGAGAUAGCUGACCACUCGCUGUGGUGGACCGGUCCAUCAUGGCUGUAUAAGCCACCAGAGGAAUGGCCACAACUCACCAGCUUGAUGGACAGCAUGGACGAAACAGUGAUGGAACAACGGAUCUUUACCUUGCAUAGUGUCAACCCGCUGGCAGACACUACGCUGCUGGAAAGGUUCUCAUCUUUAAGCAAGGUCAAACGCAUUACUGCCUAUUGUCUCCGCUUUGUGCAACGUUUGCGCUUCAAGAAACUUCCCCCCCCGUAGUCCACCAGAUUCUAAUGAGCUUAAAGAUGCCAUGAUGGUAUGGGUUCGUUUAGCCCAGGCUUCAGCAUUCACAUCUGAUAUCAAAGCUCUGCAAGCUAACCAACCAUAUCGGGGUCCACUCUUCAAGCUGUCUCCCUUCUUGGAUCCUGCUGGCAUCCUCAGGGUGGGCGGACGUUUGGAGCUAUCAGACUUGGCUUACAACCAACGACAUCCAAUUCUACUGCCCAAACACCACAGAUUGACAGACCUUGUAAUUGACCACCUUCACAUCCAUCUGAUGCACUGUGGUCCCACCAUACUACAGUCUGCUGUGCAACGUGACUUCUGGAUUGUAGGUGCUCGAGGCCUCAUUCGUCAACGGCUGAAGAAGUGUACUUUAUGCUUUCGAGUUCGCCCUGUGUCUCGAAACCCACCCAUGGGUAAUCUUCCAGUCGAUCGUGUCACACAGGCCAAGCCAUUUCUCAAGACAGGAGUCGACUAUGCUGGACCCUUUAAAAUCACCAUGUCCCGACUGCGAAAGGCCCGCAUCCAGGAUGCCUACUUGUGCCUGUUUGUAUGCUUUGCCACCAAGGCAAUCCACUUGGAGCUGGCCUCUGAUCUGACGACAGAUGCUUUCAUAGCUGCCUUUCGCCGUUUCUUGUCUCGUCGGGGGCGAUGCUCUGACCUUCACAGCGAUUGCGGGACUAACUUUGUCGGUGCCAGUCGCUUGUUGACUGGACUAAGAGCCUUCAUGUCAAGCAAGGAUACACAUGACUUUUUGCUCAGUCGCUGGUUGAACACCAAGUUACCUGGCAUUUCAAUCCCCCAUCAGCACCACAUUUCGGAGGCCUGUGGGAGGCAGGUGUAAAGUCUGUGAAGUCUCUCCUCAUAAAGAGUGUAGGUGCUCAGGUACUCACUUAGGAGGAAUUAUACACUCUCAUGACACAAGUGGAGGCCAUUCUCAACUCACGGCCUCUGUGUGCACUCUCAAAUAAUCCAAACGACAUGGCUGCUCUGACACCCAGUCAUUUUCUAGUCUUGGGGCCUCCUGCACUAGUGCCCGAACCAGAUUUGUCCCACCUCAAGCUAAAUCGUUUGUCUCGAUGGCAACUCAUCCAGCAGGCGCAUCAGUCAUUCUGGAAGCGCUGGCACCAGAAGUAUCUACAACAGCUGCAGCAACGACCCAAGAGCCUAACUGACCAAGACAUCAUCAGUGUUGGCACCUUGGUUCUCAUAAAAGAUCCGAAUCUACCACCCCUGUCCUGGAAGCUAGGCCGUAUUGUGAAGACUUUUCCUGGCUCAGAUGGUGUAGUGAGAGUGGCUGAGGUGAAGACCCAACAAGGCACCUUUCUACGGCCUGUGGUGAAGCUGUGCCCAUUGCCCGCCCAAUAAAUGUUUAAAAUAUGCAUUUUGGUGGGCGGUAUGUUGGAUGUGUAAAUAGUGCUUGCCCUGGAUUUGUGUUGACUGAUCCAAGUGCGGGACGCUUCAAAUUCGAAUAUGGCGCCAUUUUGCUGCCAUUAGCUCAAGCGAUCCUGGUGGCCACCGGGAGAAACUCAGUGGUUCAUCUGGUACCGGCGUCAUCGGACGUCCGGCUAUCGUUUUUGACUUUCACAACAGUUUCAGAACGAAACAUUGACCAUAUGUCAUAUUCAAUGACUUGUGGUUAUAAAAAUCUUAAUGAACACUUUCAUAAAUGA